AUGGCAGAAGGUUCACACUCAAUGGCGGACUUGGAGACAGCAUUUCAGAAGUUUGCUGUCCAUGGAGACACCAAGGCAACAGGAAAAGAGAUGAAUGGGAAAAACUUUGCCAAGCUCUGUAAGGACUGUCGCAUCACUGACGGCAAAAAUGUCACCACCACCGACGUGGACAUUGUCUUCAGCAAAGCCAAGUCAAAGUCUGCGCGUGUGAUUACAUUUGAGCAGUUUAAUCAAGCGAUGGCUGAACUGGCUCCCAAACGUUUUAAAGGAAAAGACCAGCAGGAGGCGCUGCAGCUUCUUUAUGGCCUCAUCAUAGGCAAAGAGCCCACCAAUGUGGGUGUAACUAGAGUGGCAAAGGCAGGUGCUGUGGACAGGUUGACUGACGCCAGUAAGUUCACUGGUUCCCACAAAGAGCGGUUUGAUGAAUCGGGGAAAGGGAAGGGCAAGGUUGGGCGCGAGGACAUCCCAGACACCAGUGGCUACGUGUCAGCUUACAAAGGCCAAGGCACGUAUGACGACAAGGUCAAAGAGGGCAAGUGA